GUGUUUAUGGUCUCACUAAUGAAUGAACUCAUAAGUGAUCAUUAAAGUCUUGCAUUUGCGUAUCACGAGGUGUAGAGACCUCUGAAGGAUAUGUGAGCUCCUGAGAGGAAGUUUGGAGGGGGGUGUCUGCGCUUAGACUGAUCCAGAAUCAGAUUUAUGGAAGGCAGCUGUUGAGGGUUUGACAGACAGACGGAUCGGAGGGCUGCUGCGUAACACAAGCAGAUUCGAGCCUGCAGAGGAGUGUGUCAGAUCACUCUAAAACAGCAAGGAUGGUGCGUGAGCAGUACCUCACCACCACAGAUGAGUCUGGGGCCCUGUCUCCAGUCUCUGAGUACAUCUACAUGAUCGGCAUCUACGGCUGGAGGAAACGCUGUCUCUACCUGUUCGUUCUGCUUCUCCUCAUCAUUCUGGUGGUGAACCUUGCCCUCACGAUCUGGAUCCUGCGAGUUAUGUGGUUCAAUACAGAAGGCAUGGGAUACCUGCAGGUCAAUGCAGAUGGACUGAGACUGGAGGGAGAAUCAGACUUUCUGUUCCCUGUCUACGCCCAGGAAAUUGACUCCAGAGAGGAUUCAGCUCUUCUGGUGCAGUCCUCUGAAAAUGUUACGCUCAAUGCUCGCAAUGCCGAUGGUGAUGUAACAGGAAGUGUGUCCGUAGGUCCCAGUCAGGCCGAGGGUUUUGGCCAGCACUUCAAUAUCAGUUCAAACCAUGAUGAAAAUUUAUUUUAUGCCGAUGCAAAUGGAGCCGUUGUGGGAAAAGGAAAGCUCCGUGUAACAGGUCCAGAAGGUGCAUUCUUUGAGCAUUCUGUCAGGACUCCUAUGGUCAAAGCAGUACUUAACAAAGAGCUAAAACUGGAGUCUCCAACACGCUCUCUCAGCAUGGAUGCCCCAAAAGGCGUUCACGUCAAAGCCUUGGCUGGAAAUGCUGACGUGAUGGCACACUUUGAUAUUCAGCUACACUCAACUGCAGGACUGUUGAUUCUAGAUGCUGAAGGUGUUCGUCUGCCGACGUUACCUGUGGGAAAAGCCAGAACUUCAGGCGACUCUCAGGGAAUGUACAACACGUAUGAAGUGUGCGUUUGUCCCAGCGGUAAGCUCUUCAUCUCCAGAGCUGGCGUCUCUUCAACCUGCAGUGAGCAGCAGGACUGCUGAAUGACCUUCAGUCCAUAACACCCACACUAGAAACAAAUCAUGUUGUUACAUUGUCUUGGAAAAGGUAAAAAUACCCAAAAAGUACAAAAACCCAUUCUGAUAUGUAUUGAUUACUGAAGAUUAGAGGGUACAUUCAUCUGUUUGGUUGGAGUUUAUCAUGAUAGGGAAGAUGAAAUAUACAGUAUAUACAACACUCCCAUGGCAAUUUGUAACUAUUUAUGUUUUGGUGAAUUUGAUUAUUUUUUAUGAAUUUGUACAGUCUCAUUCAUAUGUUUCCAUACAGUCUGCUUAGCCAUUCUCCUCACUGACGGUUAAGUUUUUCUAAAUAUAUAUAUAUAUAUAUAUAUAUAUAUAUGAAACACAUUGUAUGAAAAUGACAUUGUAAAAAUAGUUACAUUUUCUCAUGAGAUCGGGUUGUGUAGACUGUACUUUAUUCUACAUAUGGAACAAAAUUAUUGUAUGUUUUCUCCUUUUUUGUUUUGUAAAAGUGGUUCAAAAUUAGGCUGGGCAAUAAAGGGGCUGGUAAACAGCUGACAUCCUAUGCAAUAUAAUUUUGAGGUGCAAUAAAUAACCAAAUUCUGUGUGUUGCAUAUCAGCUAGUUAUUGUUUAAAGAUGCACUCAUUAAUAGAGGAAUUGAUCAUUAUGUAUAAAACAUACUGAGACGGAUGUGCCAUGAUCUUCGAGGGUUAUAAUAUAUUCUUCUGUAGUCAGUUUGAUUUAAAUAUUUUUAUUUUUGAAGCAAUGUAUAAUAGCAAUGUUCUGUCUGAAGAAUUACACUACUCACAAUC